AUGUCAGGCAAUUAUUAUUAUACUAGGGACGGUCGUCGUCAGGUGUUACCGCCGAAACCGAUAUAUUUAGCUGAUGGACAUCAAGUGCAGUUUGGAACGCAUACUGGUGAGGUACUCGCUCAGCAGGAUGCAGUUGCGCCAUCCAACAUGCGGCCCACCGUCGUUUCUAUGAGCAAGCACUUCGGAGCACUUGGCAAGAUGUACGGUGAAUACCGAUUUGCUCUUUCGCCAAACGAGCAGAAGGCAUUCAAGGGAUUUCUUGACCAGGCUGUUGUCAAGGUUUUCAGAAACUAUGUUUGGUAUGAGUGGCCCUACUACCUUCUCAGGUCAUCGUGGCUAUCUGAUCUAACGAUUGGGCAAAGAAGAAGAACUACCAGGUCAACCGUAAGAAUCCGGCUGACUACGCGAAUGAUCAGUAAAUCACAUAAUGGUUAUAUUAAUUGUGGUGAACUAGAUGAAUAA